GGUACUUAGUAGCUUAUUGAGUUUUGCCAUUAUUGCAAAUCCGUCGGGCAUAAAUUUAUUAAAUUCAGUCUUACGGUUGCAAUACAAUUUGCCAGUACCUCAGAUAAACCUUCAAUUUAUUGUCGGAUGUUAGCUUGGUUCAACUACUUUGAAAUAACUGCAGCUGUGGAAAAUUCCMCCAAAAGCGAUUUGUUAAACGUAAAUUAAUUGAUUAAAGGAAAUAAAUAUGGCGAUCGAUAUUUUAAAGAAACAGGAACAAGCGCGUCAAAUUCGUUAUUCACGAUCAAAAUUUCGCCGCAUCAACUCUUUGGAUCAAAUACCCGAAGAUCCUGGUCAGGAACAGCUCGCGAAUUCAACCAAUAUCAAUAUGAAUCCAGCUUUCGGUCAUCAAUCACAACUGGUGCGCCGAUCACCGCGUACCAUUUCUGCUUCUUUGCGACAAGUUUUACUCUUUUGGCCACAAUUGCUGAUCAAUUUAACUUUUACGAUCAUACGUUUUAUCCUUUAUAUACCGCUCUCGAUAGCGGCACCCAGUUUUUGGUUGUCAGCUUUAUUGUGGAUCUUUUGGAAGUUCGUUCGUAUACCUGUGGCUUUUAUUAAGUGGAUGUUAAAUGUUGACUCUUUGAUGGAUGUAUCAGCGGAUGGCCCGCAACGUCAUAGACGCACCGUUCUAAUUAGUUGUGGAAGUACAAUUCAAACAUUGCAUUUGGCACGUAAUUUUUAUUCCUCCGGUUCACGAGUGGUGGUGUUCGAGUUCGAAGGACUCUUUGGGCUAGCACGUUUCUCCACCGCCGUCGACAAAUUCUACAUAGUCCCCCGACCAAGCCCAAAUAAUGUAGACAGCUAUAUAACUGCUUUGUGUCAAAUCGUUAGCAAGGAGAAGCCUUCAGUUUAUAUACCGGUUUGCGCAACGAGUCCUGCCUAUUACGAUGCACUUGCUAAACAACAUUUGGAACUACUUGGCUGUGCCAGUUUCAUACCGGGUAUGAAUGAGACCAACGUUUUAGAUGAUUGUUUGGAAUUUUUCAAAAAAUGUACAGCUCAUAAUAUUGUCGUGCCACCACACUCUGUACUCACUUCCCCAAACGAUCUUCAGCAAUUGUAUGAGAACAAUUUCAUCAGCAAUUUUCGAAAUAUCCUAAUGGCGGUCGGUUUUCAAGGCUUAGUUGAACGUUUCAAAUACUUAUUACCAAAUAAUAGAGUGGAAUUCAAAUUUAAUCAUGAAAUAAGUGAAAAUGAAAAGUGGAUUGUGAUACGCGAUUUACCGGGUGAACAUUAUAUUACUUGUACAACCGUCAAAGAUUCACGAAUUGUUUCGAAUGUUACUUGUAAAGUAGAACAUGAAACGAAAAAUUUGAUACCUGUAACGCCAUUACACGCACAUGGGAGCCCCGUAGUGUCCGACGAAGCUCAAAUUGAUUUUUGGCUGAAAACAUUUUUCGCCAAAGUGCGCUUCCAUCGUAGCAUCAAUGGGCACAUGAGCUUUCGUCUAAUUAAGUGUCAAGGCACAACGCAGUUCAUUCCACUCGGUGUACGUGUCGGUGUCUCAUUGCCAUAUAUCUGCUAUAAUCGAUCUCAUGCUCAAGUACUCUGCCGCACUAUGAAAUGCAUACAUCGAAGACAAUUAAGUUUUACAAGUCCAGAUGAGGAGUCAACGCUCGGUGCGUUAACAGCAAAUUUUCGCUGGAGCUCUAUUGAACGCUCCACUCCGACCACAGUACUAGAUAAGAGGGAAGCUCUAUUCGCCUAUUGGGAUCCAUUGCCAUAUUGUGCUUACUACCAUUUCCAAUUGCCUCUUAAAUCCGUCAAGAAGUUUUUGCAACGGCGUCAUCGAUCGACGAAAACUUUAUCGCCACGCAUAACAAUGCCAGUUCAUUGAACGUCAUUCCGUGUUGUGCAUCGUAUGUACACCCAGAUGAUGAUAUGCUGGAA